AUGCCUGCAUCGACCGACUCGAGCGCGACCGAUGUUGAUUCCGGCUGCGAAAACGACGCGCCGCAGGUCUCAGCGCUAUUCUUAAUAAAGUUCGACAAGAAGAUCGGAUACACAAUCGCUUGGAAGCGCUCCUGCGUCGACGUCCCGCUCGACGGCGCCGUCGAGUUCAAGUCGCUGCCCUCGGGCCUGCACGCCGUGAAGAGCGAUCUCGUGUACUUCGUGCACGAAGGCUACGCCGGGCUCAGCGCGUUCGCGAAGGGCGACGCGAGCGCGGAGGAGCGCAAUGCGAAUUUCGUCGCCGUCGGGAUCCUGGUGAGUCGGCGCUAUGGGCGGCUGGGACGGAGCUGGCUGCUUGCCGGCAGGCUGCAGAAGAUGGCGUCGAGUCUCGCGGACAACCCGGACCUGACGGCGCCGCUGGAAGAGUUCUGGGCGGAGCAGGCGAGCCCGAAGGCUUCGGCGUCGAAAGAGGGCGCGCAGAGAGGACAUAGUAGGGCGAGGGCGCUGAGUACGAUCACGGCGGUUAUACCGAGCGAUCAGUCGCUGCCGGCGUUCCAUCCUGCGCUCAGCGUGAUACAGUACCUCGAUGUGUUUGGGCCGCUGGUUUUUCGGCUGCAGCAGGCUGCGCUGUUGAGGAAGCGGAUUCUGUUUGUGGGCGCGCCGCCGGUGAGGACGUGCUGCGAGUUUGUGUAUAACCUUUCGGUCCUCUCGAGUAUACCUCCGCACGCGGCUGAGCUUCUGUCACCGGGGACGGAGGGAUUACUGCGUCUCCCUGCGCUGUUUUCUGUGGGGGUUCACGAUAUACCGCAAUUGGAACAACUGCAAGUGCCGAAAGCGAAUGGUGCGCAAGCGGCGGGGGAUGAGCUACCCUCACAGGGUUGGGUUGCAUGUACGACGGACGAGAUCUUGACGACCAAGAAAGCAUUAUACGACAUCGUCGUCGAGAUGCCACACGCAUACGACGCACCGCCUUCGAAACGAAGAUGGCCAGGUAUGAAGACAUCAGACGGCGCGCAGAUAAAAGCCAGUCAGCGGGAUCUAUGGCGGUACAAGAUGCUACAUCGCGAGCUGUGGAAGCACCGAAGACGCGCGAGCAGCACGACGGACGACGUAGACGAGGACGACGACCGCGCCGCGCUACUACGUCAGGCCAGCGAGGAGGAAGAAGAGGACGCGUUCAGCGAGAUGGACGAUUCCAUCGUCGAGCCCCUCACAUGGACACGCCUCGCCUACCAAGGCUUCAUGUGGUGGGCGUCGGCGGGCGAGCAACCCGCAUAUACAGCCUCGGAGCGGGACAGGGACCGCGAUCUGCUCGGGGAUCUCUCUGACUACCACGAGGGCCUCCAAACAGCCAUCAUCGCGUACUUUCACCGCUCCACCACGCUCCUCCUCAUCAUCUUAAAUGAGCUGGUAGAGCGGCAGGACGAGGAGGGCGAGGAGGACGAGGGAUUGGUGGUGGAUAGGGACGAGGUUAGUAGGAUGGGGCUGGAUACUUGGAGCGAGGCGGAUCGGGCGUUCUUGCAGGAGCUGUUGUGGAUGUACUUUGGACGGGUGGCGGAUGUGGAGGGGAGGACGUUGGAGUGCUGUGGGUGUAGGAUACCUGUCUUUUAG